AUUUAGAAAAUGAACAUGCGAUUGAAAAUGAAGCGAAGAGUUUUCAAGCUGAAGAACAUGCUAUAAAAGCUUUUGAUGAUUUGGACGAUAGAAUUAUUGAAAAAUUAAAGGACACUUCUCUCUAUCCUGAACUCGAAUGGGAUGCAACUGUGAGAAAUAAUAAUGAUUUAAGUAAAGAAGAAAUAAAAUUUAUUCAUGAUAGAAAACUUUUUAUCCGUGAAGCAUUCGCAAAAUAUAUGGGAGUCGAUGUUAGUGAAAUUCAUGUUGAUGAUAUUCCAGUAAUUGCAUUUAUAGGAAGCGGUGGAGGAUACAGAGCCAUGAUUUCUUUUACUGCUGUCCAAGAAUCUGGACUUUAUGAUUGUGGUGUAUAUAGCGCAGUUCUCAGUGGUAGUUGCUGGGGUAUGGGUCGACUAUAUACAACAGUUGCUCAAUCACAUGAGAAUCCAAUUCAAGCAUCAUUAGAAUUUUAUAGAACCGAACUUGAGCAUAGUCUUAUUAAUGCAUAUGGCAUCUUAAAAGGAUUUGCUGAAACUUCUGAUCCACAGACAGCUGUUGAAUUAACAUUUGGAUCAUUAAUCCGGAAAAAAGCAACCGGGAUGAAAUUAUCAAUUUUAGAUGUUUUCAGUGCAUUGUUAGCCGCAAAACUUAUGAUCGGUGAAGAUCCCACAAAACAGUUUGGUGAUUUUAAAUUGAGUGAACAAAGGAAAUAUAUUGAUGGUGGAAAGAAUUUAAUGCCUCUUUAUGUUUCAAUUUUUCAUAUUCGUCCAUGGAAAGAAGAUGCUCUUAAAUCAGAAGAAGCGGCAUUAUUUCCAAAUUACGAAGAAAUGUUUGAAAAACAUAAAAUGAAGAAAGAUUAUUAUAGGUGGUAUGAAUUCAAUCCUUAUGAAAUUGGAAAUGAAGAAAAUCCGGAAAAUUUGAAUUUGGAAAAAAUGUUGAACGAUUUCCUGAACAAAGUUUUGGCUUGUUACUUGGCGCUUUCUGCUUCACUUAAAGCAAUAGUUGAAGAAAUUCCAAAAUUUCUUCCCGAUGGAAAAUUUAAAGAUGAACUUAAAGACCUUUAUGAUGAAGCCAUGGAAAAAAUUGGAACUCAAAACCAACAAGUAUUUGAAGGACAUCAUCCAAUUCCACAACCAAAUGAUUAUAAUUUUUCAUAUCAUCUUCAUCCACCACCACCAUAUAAACUUGGACCUGACAAUAAUGAAAUAUUUCACUUUGGCGAUGCCGGCCCAUCGAAUGAUCUGCCCAUGUAUCCCAUAUCUCAUCCAAAAAGAAAGAUUGAUGUUGUCAUUGGAUUUGAUUGUUCACCUAGCAUCGUUGAUCAUAAAAUUUUUGAUGAGAAACAAGAUGUUUUCUGUAAUCGAAGAGGUCUCAAUAGAAUUACUCGUGACGUGACUAACAAAUAUUGUGAAGUUUAUGAUUUCGUUCCAACCGGUAAAACCAAUGAUGAAUUUUUACCUCCCGCACAAAAACAAUUUGUAUUAUGUUACAUGCAAUAUCUCCAAAAUGAUAAGGUGGAUCCUAGUUUUGUACCUGCUAAAGCAUUAUUUACUAAUAUCCUUAAUUUUAGUUAUAACACUGAUCAAGUUGAUUUAAUGAUUAAAUUAGCAAAAGCUAAUUGGCUGGAAUCCGAAAAACAAUUUUCAUUCUUAGGAAAUAUUAUGAAAGCUUUUGAUGAUUUGGAUGAUAGAGUUAUUGAAAAAUUAAAGAACACUACUCUUUAUCCCGAUCUUGAAUGGGAUGCAACUCUUUUCUCAGGGCUGUCCAAGAAUCUGGACUUUAAGAUUGUGGUAUAUAUCUUGCAGUUGUUGGAAUAUGAGUCAACAAUUACUCAAUUACACGAGAAUCCAAUCCAAGCGUUGUUAGAAUUUUAUGGAACCGAAUUUGCACAUAGUAUUAUUAAUGCACGUGGCGUCUUAAAAGGAUUUGCUGAAACUUCUGAUCCACAGACAGGUUUUGAAUUAAUUCAGAAGAAAGCUUCCGGGAAAAUAUAUGAUGGUGGAAAGAAUAUAAUGCCUCUUUAUUUUUCAACUUUUCAUGUUCGUCCAUGGAAAGACGAUGCUCUUAAACCAGAAGGAGCGACAUUAUUUCCAAAUUACAAAGAAAUGUUUGAAAUACAUAAAAUAAAAAAUGAUCAUUAUAAGUGGUAUGAAUUCAAUCCUGGAAAUGAAGAAAAUUUCGUUAAUUGGUGUAAUGGGGGUGCCGCUCCUUCUGUUUCACUUAUAGCAGAAAUUAAUCAACUUCAAUUAUUACUUCCUGAUGGAACAAUUAGAACUCAAAACAAGAAUUUGAAGGACUUCAUCCAACUCCACAACCAAAUGAUCACAAUUUUUUCAUGUCAUCUUCAUCCAUCACCACCACAUAAACUUGGGCCCGACAAUAAUGAAAUAGUUCACUUUGGCGAUGCUGGCGUAUCAAAUGAUUUUCCCAUGUAUCCCUUAACUCAUCCAAAUAGAAGGAUUGAUGAUGUCAUUGGAUUUGAUUGUUCAACCAGUGUCGUUGAUCAUAAAGUUUUUGAUGAGCAACAAGGCUUUUCCUGUGAUCGAAGAGUUCAUGAUUUCAUUUCAACCAAUGAUGAAUUUUUACCUCCCACGCAAAAACAAUUUGCAUUAUGUUACUUGCGAUAUCUCCAAAACGAUCCUAAUUUUGAACCUGCUAAAGCGAACUCUACCACUCGCUUUAAUUUCGAUUAUACCAUUUCUCAAGUCGAUUUAAUGGUUAGAUUAGCAAAAGCAAAUUGA